CAGCGCUAGCUUGUCUAUGGGUUUGACACACUGCAUCAGAACCAUGCACGCUGUCAAUACAUCAUUUUGAACAUCAGGAAUGGCGCAUUGGGCACAUGUAAAUAAAUGGACUAAACUACAGUUCAUAACGCACACGUCAGUCCUUUCGCCAAGUAAAAGACUCAUCCUUAAUCCACAGCAGAGAUGUGGUUUCCGAAAAGUGCAAAGGAAGGCUGAGACCAGAAAGGGGGCUCCUGAGGAAUUUGGUCCUUCUGCUGCUGAGGAGGCGGGGUUGUCACGGAAAAAUGCCCCAGAGCCCCAUCUCCCUCCAAAGGUGCCUCCUGCAAACCCACGGAAGCUCUUCAAGCCUUUGAUGUUCACAGUUGGGUUUACAGGCUGCUCGUUUGGUGCGGCUGCCAUCUUGCAGUACGAGUCUGUCAAGUCGCGUUUGGAGAGUCUUCUGGAGGACAGCGAGAUGGAGAAGAUGGAGAGGUUUCAGACUCAUGACACAGCUUACUGGCACAACUGGUGGAAUCAGCUGUCAGACUUCCAGCGGCAGGUGAUACUGCUGAUGUCCAUAGUGGAUGACACGUGGAAUGGGCUCAGCGAAGGUCAAAAGGUCGCCACAGGCAUCAUAGCUGUGAAUGCUGCCGUGUUGUGUUGCUGGAGGAUCCCAGCCUUACAGCGGACCAUGUUCAAGUACUUCACCACAAACCCAGCCUCAAAGACUCGCUGCGUGCCCAUGCUACUGUCUUCCUUUAGCCACUAUUCCGUCUUGCACAUGGCGGUGAACAUGUACGUGCUUUGGACCUUCUCCACUACCGCAGUCUCCGUACUCGGGAGGGAGCAGUUCCUAGCCAUGUACACAUCUGCAGGUGUCAUUUCAACAAUGGUGAGUUAUGUCUGCAAGACGGCUACAGGACGCCUGCACCCCUCUCUUGGAGCUUCUGGAGCUGUCAUGUCGGUUUUGGCUGCGGUCUGCACCAAGAUGCCAGAGGCUAAGCUGGCCAUUGCCCUGAUACCCAUGUUCAGCCUAACUGCUGGCAGUGCCCUCAAGCUUCUGGUUGCCAUGGACACAGCCGGGCUGGUUUUGCGCUUAAGGAUGUUUGACCAUGCAGCCCAUUUGGGGGGAGCUCUGUUUGGAGUGUGGUACAUAGCGUAUGGCCAGGAGCUGCUGUGGAAGAGCAGGGAGCCGCUGGUGAAGUUCUGGCACGACCUGAGGAAAGGGAUGGCAGGCCCAAACAGCGGCCCGCCCAGAGAUCGAGGACAGAAGGGGGGUGGCGGAAAAGGAGGAGGAGGAGGAGGAGGAGGAGGAGGAGGAGGCCAAACAUAGCUCCUAGACCAGUGGUUCUCAACCUUUUUUGAACAAGCGCCCCCUUGGACCUCAUCAUAAACCUCCCAAUGCCCCGUUGACCUCUACCUAAGUCUGCCAACGCCCCCCUUUGUAUUGAAAAAUAAAAUGGACUAAUGCCCCCCAACUGUAUCCUUCUCAACGCCCCCCCCCCCCAGUUGAGAAACACUAUCCUAUACGGUCCUAUACUGUCCAACCAUCCUCACACUGAAGUCCUAGCACAGCCUAGAGUGCAGCUCCACACAAUUGAAUACCUCUUUCUACAUCAUGUUUUCUAGUUGGACAAUGAGUCUGUGGUAGUCACCGAUCUCACCACGGAUAAAGACAGGGAUGAAGACUUUUGCAGUAACACUCCCGUCAUGGGAUAAAUGAUGAGUAUUUUGAUUAAUGUUUUAAGAGUGUGCAUGUGUGAGCGUGUGUGUGUGUGCGUGUGUGUGCGUGCGUGCGUGUGCGUGUAUGUGUGUGUGUGUGUGUGUGUGUGUGUGUGUUCCCGUGCGUGCAACCUCAAGCAUGCAUCUGUGUGUCCGUGGCAGAAAGAAGGAGUAAAAUGAGUGUACUAGCACUAUGUUUUCAUGUGAGAACUUGAUAUUUUAUUUUGAAAGCCUUGGUCGUGUGUCCUGGGUUCUUGAAUGGUGUAUACCAUAGGCCUUGUUUAUAUUUACUUCCUUACGAAGUACAUGAGAUCAAUGAUCAGCUUUGUCCUGACCAUAGAAAUUAAAUCAUCCCAUACACAUC